AUGGCUUCAGAUAUCAUCGCAAGGGAGCUCGAGGAGCCUAUUGAUGUUGCAGAGUAUCUCUUUAAACGGCUACAUCAGAUGGGGAUUAGAUCUGUCCAUGGGGUUCCCGGUGACUACAAUUUAGCGGCAUUGGACUACCUUCCCAAGUGUGAGUUGCACUGGGUAGGGAAUUGUAACGAACUAAAUGCCGGCUAUGCUGCCGAUGGCUAUGCUCGAAUUAAUGGAAUGGCGGCGCUGUUCACAACAUUUGGGGUAGGAGAACUGUCUGCUUUGAAUGCCGUUGCUGGGGCAUAUUCCGAAUAUGUCCCAAUAGUCCACAUCGUUGGUCAACCGAGCACAUCUUCCCAGAGGGACGGGAUGCUCCUUCACCAUACGUUAGGUAAUGGUGAUUUUAAUGUCUUCGCCAACAUGAGUGCUGGCAUUUCAUGCUCAGUGGCGAAACUAAACGACUCCCGCGAUGCUGCUGCAUACAUCGAUAGCACCUUGAGGGAAUGUUGGAUUCACAGUCAACCAGUGUAUAUCACUCUUCCUCUCGAUAUGGUCUAUCAGAAGAUAGAGGGGAAACGAUUGAAAACCCCUAUAGAUCUGCAGCUCCACCCGAAUGAGGAAGAAUACGAAAACUACGUGGUAGAUACCGUGCUAAGGUAUCUGCACGCUGCUAAAAGACCAGCAAUUAUUGUAGAUGCUUGUGCUAUUCGUCACAGGGUCCUCGACGAAAUCCACGAUUUGGUAUCAAAGUCAGGCCUUCCCACGUUUGUUGCCCCCAUGGGUAAAGGAGCAGUGGAUGAAACUCUUCCAAAUUACGGUGGAGUAUAUGCUGGUGAUGGUUCUACUGCUCAAGUGAGAGAACACGUCGAAGCCUCUGAUUUAAUUCUAAGUAUUGGGGGGAUCAAAUCUGAUUUCAAUACCACCGGGUUUACCUACCGCGUCAGCCGUUUAAAUACCAUCGACUUCCACAGCAAUCAUGUGGUUGUUCGUUACUCGGAGUACCCAGGUAUUCGUAUGAAGGGAGUCCUCCGAAAAGUUAUCGACCGUAUGGGUAAACUAAAUAUCACUCCUCCCCCGAAACAAGAGAAUGUACCAGAAGAGAAUCCGCAGUUUCCAGCCCCCACAAUUGCCCACUCUUGGCUAUGGCCAGCUGUGGCCAAAUGGUUACAAGAGGAUGACAUUGUUAUCACCGAAACGGGGACCUCAAGCUUCGGUAUCUGGGGAACAAGGUUCCCUAAAGGAGUAACAGCCUUAAGUCAAGUUCUUUGGGGUAGCAUAGGCUACUCACUUGGAGCAUGCCAGGGGGCUGCUCUAGCAACCAAGGAGAAGACGUGCCGUCGUACCGUCCUAUUUAUUGGAGAUGGUAGCUUUCAGUUGACAGUUCAAGAAAUAAGUACCAUGAUCAGAAAUGAACUGACCCCAAUAAUAUUCGUUAUUUGCAAUAACGGAUACACCAUUGAACGAUACAUACAUGGAUGGAAGGCACCUUACAACGAUAUCCAAGAGUGGAAGUUUAUAGAAUUCCCGUCUGCUUUUGGAGCACAACCAGACAAAUUCGCAACAUAUCAAAUCCGUGAGAGACAAGAACUACUUGAUUUAUUCUCCAAUAAAGAGUUUUGCUCGGCAAAACGCCUCCAGAUUGUGGAGCUUUAUAUUCCGCAAGAGGAUGCUCCUGCUACCCUGAAAUUGACAGCCGAAUUGUCGGCAAAGAGAAACAAGUGA